CAUAGGCGGUGUGUCUUGGAUGAUGACACCGACGCUAAAUUUAGAACAAAUUCCUCGACGAAAUCGGCCAACGAUGGUAAAGAGGGGAACGUUGAAACUUUGACAUUGAUUUUACAUACAUGACACAUUUGUUACGGCACCACUGGACAUAUUUUGAUAAUAUUUAAACGUUUAAAACUUGUUGUUUUGCAAAUGUUUUCCUAAAGUACAUUGGCAACCGACGUAAACAGCGUUGUAUUUCCUGGUCGAUAGGCUAAAUGCAUACGUAUUGCACAAGAGGACUGGCAGUGCUUUAUAUACACCGAUACACGUGGAGAUUUUGACGAAUGAAGUUUCUGUUUUGAUCGGUGACGUGUUCUCAUGUGACGAUAGAUUAUCCACGACGGCGAAAUUGUAUGUACAGCAUUUACGUAUUACAAUAACACCGUAAACAAGAAAGAUGGCGGUCAGAUCUGACCCAGAUCAAGUUUUGGACUUGCUUUUUAAUGACAGUGAUGGACUGUUGAAAUCCGAAGUUCAAGGGAUACAAACAGUCGAUUUCUCUGAUCUUGGACUUUUCUCGGAGGGAGAUGGUGACCUGCUGGAAAGUGUCCUUAAGGAAGCAAACCUGGGAGACUUGGACACUGAUAUAGAUAUUGACCAACCUCAACAGAAAACAUUUACCACCCAUACAGACCAUGACUAUUUUGCCCAGCGAUCCCCAACAAAUAGUGACAGUGGCGUGUCAUUAGAAUCCAGCGCGUACUCGCCACAAAGCUUUGGCGAUGAACAAUUACAGAAUAGUCCGAAAGAGUAUUAUUUAUCAGACUCGUCAACAAAUAUUUCAACAGUAGACUACAUGGAUAAAUUAUCAGAACACAGUCCUCUUGCACUGGAGGACUUUAACAUGAAAGACUUUGACAUGGAAGGUGUUGAUGGUUUAAAUACAUCUGACCUCCUCAGUGAAGAAGAUUUUUUAACCUGUAUGAAUCGUAGUUCACAGACAAAAGACAGCGCAGCAGUAACUAUCAGUUUAGACGAUAAUCAGCUGAACAGUUCAGAUGAAGGGUCAGAUGUGGCCAAUACUAUCCGUAUCAUUAAGGUCACUUCUCACCUCACAGACGGCCUUCCCUUCACUAUGAAGGACAUCAGUACCAAAACAGGAAAGUUUCCAGAUCUGCGACUAACAGACGAGGAAAAAGACUUGCUGGCCAGGGAAGGGGUCCAGCUUCCAACAGAUAUGCCUCUGACGAAGGAGGAAGAGAAGGUACUCAAAGCGGUCCGCAGGAAAAUUAGAAACAAGGUAUCGGCCAAAGAAAGCCGAAAGAGGAAACAGGGAUACGUGGAGGGGCUAGAAAAGAGGGUAAAAAUGUCCACUACAGAAAAUCAAAAGCUAAAAACUAAGGUGUCCAGCCUCGAAAAUCAGAACCAAACACUCGCACAGCAGCUGAAAAAACUACAAUCAUACAUUUUAUCCAAGGCAAAUAAACCACAAACAUCUACAUGUAUCAUGGUGUUGGUGUUAUCCUUCGCUUUCAUCAUUGUGCCAAACUUCAGUCCUUUGGGAAAGAGAGACGGCCUUGAAGCCAAGAACAUACCUAUGGCUGGCAAGUCAAGGAGUCUCUUGCACGACUAUGGAUACGAAAGUGAGGCCGACCUUGAUGACCCUUAUGGUAUUAAGGUAUCAAUGAAACCCGGACCUCCAUGGGAAGUACCACCCAAGACGCCAGCUAUGAAAAUUCCAUCAAAUGCUCACACUCGGGUAGAAUUUGAAAUGGACCAAUCAGAAGAGGUUAUGGACAAAAUGGCUGACAGUGCUGCACAGACAAUCGCAACCCAAGUUGAAGAGAAAAAUGACACAGUGUUGAAAUUUAAAGAAUCACAUACUGUGAAAGAGGAAAUUUGAGUUGAUUUCUAUGGGAGUGUGAUAAAUCGUGUUUUGAAAGGGAGGCUUGACUAGCCCUGUGAUGGUGAAUGUGGAAUAUCUGUUGUGAUAGGAAGUGUGAAUUGACAGUUUAAAUGAUAACUUAUUAUACCUACUUCAUUUGUAUUUUUAGCUUCUCUGUCCAGUAAGAACUUAGACAGGAACGUUACUCAAGAUUUCUAUGGAGAAAUCUACAGGAUAUUUGAUGAUGGAUGAAAAAGAACUCUCGUGGCCCUCUGGACAUUAGAAGUAGUAUCUAUGUUUAUGUUUUGUCUCCAAGUCUUAAAAGAGUUCAAAAGAUUCUAUCCAGUAUGAUUAUCAUGAUGAAUUAUCAACUGAUUACGACAUUUAUGUACAUAAAUAUCACAAUGUGUCGCUCCGAGUAGUGAAAAUUCAGCGAUGGGUGCCCCUUUUGUUUAUGCAGAAACACUGGUUCUUCCUCCUCUGUCUGUCUCGUGAACUGACGAAUGUUGUAAUGCAGUACAUGGAUGACUAGACUUCAGAGACCCAAAAAAUAACAUCACACCUUUUGGUCUGGUACAACAGGACAAACUGUUUGAAAAUAGAACAAACACCUUGGUGAGACAUAUUUUUCUAUAUAGAGAUUUCUGACCUUUUGUUUUCUUAGUGUAUGUACUUGAAGCUCUCAAAGAAAAACAAUUCAGAUUUACUUUUUGGCUGCAAAAUAAAUUGUCUUCAUGAUGGAAAAUAUAUAUAUGUCUUUCAUGUUUGUUGGUAUAGAGUAAGAAAAUGUUACCACAAAGGGUUUCUAAAUCAAAUAAAGAGCCUUUAAUACCUAAAUGCAUUCACCCCUGAAAAUGUAUAAUGAUCUAAUCCAACCUUUGAAUUGGAAGGGUUCAAAUGAGGGUGAAUGGGUUAUUUUGGAAUAAUUCAAACUUGAGCUAAUGUAGUUGGAACAGGUCUGUUCACUGAACCAAGAGGAACUUAAUCUUUUAAUAUAACAUAUAUAGCAUGAUUGAUAAAAACUUUUAUGGUAUUUAACUUUAAAACUAGAAUCAGAUGAAAAGGCUACUGAUUGAUUAAGGUAUGAAAAUAGAAGGGUUGUCAAACUGGUCAAAUUUUAGUAACUGGUCACUUGAAAAAAAAUCCAGUAAUGUCAGUUUGGUAUUCAAACAACAAUAAAUAUAUGACAUUGUAUAUUAUCAGCAAAUUUUCCAUUUCACUACUUUGCAUUCUGGCUCCUUUUUAAAAUCAGUUUAGGCAUUUUAUGGGCUGGUCCGCAUGAUCUCUUUGUCAAUCCUUACUCUCAGAUAAAAAACAACAUCCUAACCAUUGAUUCAGCCUUUGAGCUGUUUUUAUUGUCAAAAACUCCAACUUCUGUCUCAUCGAUUGUGAAUUUGUAUGUAUAAGCUAGGCAAACAUGGAGCUCCAAUGGGGGUAAAUUAAUGUCCUACUAUAUAUUGGUCUUCUGACCGAGUAACCAGUUAACCAGCAGGUCAUCAUUGACAACCCUAAUUAAUAGUGCUAUAAUUAGUGACCAAAAGAAACCCUGCCAUUGUCUCUGUGAUCCUGUCUACAUGUAACAGUUAUAUUCAGAAUUAUACUAAUAAGGAUAAAGCUGGAACACCUUGUUAUUCAGUAAAGUAUGUCAUUUGGUUUGUUUAUUUAUUAAUGUAAUACAUUGUAUGACCUUUGUCAAACCAUCAAAUGACACAAUACACUUUCACAUUACACACUGUUCUACUGUCGCAAUGGAGACAUUGGAUAAAGAGCAAAGAUGGCAGAAUUUUAAGAAUUUUUUUUUCUUCUGGAAAACCAUGUUUUUCUCAAUAUUCGGUGUUGUCCUCAGGCUGUUUCAGCGUAUCAGUAUAAUUAUUAUAAUUAUAAAAAAAUCUUUAUCAUGUGAUAAAAAAUAAUUCAUAUCCAUCUCGCAUGAUAUUUAUGAACUGUCAUGAUUUUUUGUUAUUUAUCUUCCUGAGUCUGGCUUAAAUGAAAAAUAAUCUCAGAAUUGCUUCCUAAAUUUUUCGAAAAAUUAGUGAUUUCACAGUACUUAUGAGAUCCUUGAAUUGUAGUCUAUUGUGCCCUCAAACUUGGGAUAAUCUCAUUGAAUUGAACUGUAGUCUCUUGUGCCCUCAAACUUGGUAUCUGUAAAAUUUGUAAAAUCUUUUCAAUCAGGAAUCUGUUUUGUUUCAGGUAGUUACUCUAUCCAACUGUACAUAUUGAUAUGUUAUUGGGAAAGCAAUUCAAAAGUGUUUGCAUUGUCUUUGAUGAACUUUCCUCGAAAUUGCAGCAAAAAUAUAUAUUUUGGAAAUUAUAUACUUAUGUUAAGAGAUUUAACACAUCAGGUGCAUCAUUUCAUUGUACUGAAAUAAUAUUCAUAUUAUAAAAAGUUCCUGAAGAAUUUAUUUUGUAAUGAUGUUUUUUUUUUAUUUGUACUUUCACCCUUUCACCCCUUCACCCCUAUGUAACUUUAGUAGACUCGACCAUGUAUUGACAUGGAUGAGUCCAUUAUGGUCUACAGUGGUGAAAGGGUUAAAUUUACUUCUACCCAGGUAAUCGGACAAACCACAUAGAAGGGCACAACUUGUGAUGGUACAGAUAGGUUUACUUGUAUUUUAUUUACACGCACACCUUUAACUAGUACCAAUCAUGCUUCCUAGCACGUAAACUGUAUUUACUCACAAUUUUCAGCUAACAUUAUGUAGUUACAGUUUGAGCUAUUACAUGCUAUAUUGAUAAAAAGAAAAUACAGGAGAAAAAAUAAACCUGAACUGUUUUGUUCGGGGUUUUACGUCAUCGAAACGUCAUAUGAAAACGGGACAAACAUUAAUAUUUCAAACUCUGUUAACUGGAAUUGCUAUGACAGACGUAGAUUAACUGAAAGUCACGAUUUAUGAAUAAUAAUGGUUUGUUAUAUGUAUACAUAUGUAUGAACAGAAGUUACAGUAAAACCAUGAUAGAAUGUCCCUCGUUUCAUUUGCCACCUUGCUUACCACCAAUGUAUUUCAUGCCCCCUUUUCCUUUUUCUCAACAAUUCAUUCAUUUUUAUACAUCUUCCUCAUUUGAUCACGAAUCUUCUGUAUAACACCUCAUUGUAUUAAUGCUGGCAGUAUAACAUGGUUUUACUGCAUUUUGUGUGUGUGUGUGUAUUUUCUACCGAAUGACAGUAUAUUUGUAUGGAAUACUAUGAGCAAUUCAUAGAAUAUUUGAUGUAGAUUUUACUGCCAUGUGUACAUGUACAUGUAUAUAAAUAUUAUUCUGUAUCUUGACUGUUUCUGCAACUUGAGCUGUUCCUUUAAUAUGGGGAAACGAAACAAAACUUAGAUUUUUUUUAAAAAAAUCAGGGUUGUGAAAACAUCCAAAUUACUUCUUCAUACACCAAGACAAUGUGUACCUGUUUGUCACAUCAUAUGAUAAUUGUGGAUCUAAACUCAAGUGGUGUCACAAUCUUUGACUUCAUAUAGUGGUCAUAAGUGUAAAAUGUGAUGAGAAGUUGAAUGAAAUGAGAGAGAACCGACAUUGCCUACUGUUUCAUGUUUCCUUGAUAUUAUAGAGGCACACAAUUGUUAUGUAUCAUUUUUUUGUAUCAUCAGUUUAAUGGAUAUUUGAGGAUUUUGUGUUUUUUUUCUUUAAGAAAACCAGUUGUUAAACAAUAAAUCUUGAAUUUAUAUA